CGGGCUGCCAUACCUAACCCCCCUUUCUAUAUAAACAGCUAAAAAACUUUAGUUAAACCGUGGAAAAUAAUACUGAAGAAACUCCCUGUAGAUCCAUAUUUCCCCUUUCACCAGAACCGCGCGGAAAUUUGUAAGGUUUCAUCCCAUUCGUCUAUGUAUUUAACUAUCCCCCUGGUCGACAAUGGGUUAAUUAGCUAUGCUAAUGGCGGCAUUAGAGGCACAAUUCUGGAAAUAAACAAACGACUAUAAAAAAUACAAUGGCUAGCGAAGACAUAUUUCAGAAUGAAUACUCCGAAGAGCCGGAGUUGGAAGUUGAGCAAAGAAUGGAAACAGAGCAACUGGAUGCAGCCGAAGCAGAGGAUGAAGCAGAGGCUGGGGCUGCAACAGAGGAGACGAGUCCACCAGCCAACGCUGCCACAGAAAAACCUGCUGCCAGCAAGUCUGCCGCCGAUCACGAGGCUGGGGCAAAGCUAACCCACCUGCCCGUUGGACGCGUGCGGAACAUAAUGAAGCUGGAUCCAGACAUGCAUGUGGCCACGCAAGAAGCAGUGUUUACCAUGACCAAGGCGGUGGAAUUGUUCAUUGCCUCGCUGGCGCGCGAGUCCUACACGUACACUGCACAGUCCAAAAAGAAAACAGUUCAAAAGCGGGACGUGGACCUAGCCAUAUCAGCGGUGGACAGUCUGAUGUUCCUCGAUGGCGCCAUGAACUUUUAAGUGAUUAAGCCUUGCACUUGGGCAGUAGUGGACCCGAAUAAUGUAAUUUAAAAAUAAUCUGGAAGAUGCGAAAUAAAUAUUAUAUGAUGUUCCUCUGU